AUGGACGAAAUCCUCGCCCCUCUACAAGAUGCCUUUGAAGGCCAGAUCGACUUCCACGGCCAACGCCUAGCAGAGAUCCUCAGCACAGCACUGCUAAUCAUUUUCGGCGCUAUCAGCUUCGUCGUCGGAUACAUCUACAAGGACAUCCACCUGACGCUCUGGAUUGGGCUGGGCGGAACGGUUUUCACGGGGUUGGCUGUUAUACCCGCUUGGCCUUGGUUUAAUCGGAAUCCGGAGAAGUGGUUGGCUUCAUCUGGGGCUGGGAAUUCGGGUGGGCCAAGGGUCUUGGUUGAUGGGGUUAAGGUUCAUUGA